GAAGGCCCAUACUAAAGUUAGCUACCCUGGUAGCUAGCUAGAAGCUAUCCACAACGUUGGCUAGAAACCUCGUCAGUGCGACAAUAUUACAUAUGACUCGAUCUUGAGGAACUUUCAAAGUACUUAAUUCUUUUUAAGUUUUCGCCUCACUUGAUCUUUCGCUCAUAUCUACAAUUGAUAUAAUACCUAUAGCGAACCUGACCUACAUAUAUUCAAAUACUCUCUCAUUCCCUCAAUGAUCAUUCGAAUAUACUAGUAUUAAUGCUCCACUUGCGCUUGCAAGUCUCGAACCACCAGCAAACAUGACGAGCAAAGGCGCGAAACAGCUGCCGCAUGAACGGCGAAAAGGAGAAGCGGCCCUAAGCGAGUUCGCUGAAUUUGUUGAAAAGCAACAAGCAUUGCGAUACCCGAGUGCCAAAGCCACCGACUGCGUUGAGCACCACGAAGAGCUCGACAUCCUCGACUCAUUAAACCUAGGCGAUUCCGAACCUCAUGUACCACUACGCGAUCUCCUACUCGCCUGUUCCGACGAUGCAACAGCCCAACAGAAACUUUCCGAGUACAUCGACGAACGACUCUUGGAGGGCCAUGGCGAGGCAGUUUUUGACCUAGGAUUUGAGAAUAAUGGUGAAUCGAUGCGCCUCACCAGCGACGAGUGGAACAUUGCAUUAGAUCGUUUAAAAGAAACGGCUAAGAAGGCUCACGCCGACUGUGAUAUAUUGCUCACCAAGAAUGUUGGGGGCGACGUCGAAGCUGAGUCAACAAUUGCAGGGAACCAGAGUAAAGACAAAGACUGCACCGGGAAAAUUCUAAUACGAAAAACCCCUAUUACAAUCGAGCAGGUCAUCGAAACAAGAAUAGCCGUUGUUGGUAAUGUUGAUGCUGGGAAAAGCUCCAUGCUUGGCGUCUUGGUUAAGGGAGACCUCGACGAUGGGCGAGGGAAAGCUCGCGUCAAUCUCUUCCGUCACAAACACGAGAUAGAAACUGGUCGCACUAGUUCCGUCGGGAUGGAAAUAAUGGGUUUCGACACCAUGGGAAAUGUUGUUACAUCCGACACCCCGGGGAGGAAACUGUCGUGGGAAGAAAUUGGCAAACGCAGCGCUAAAGUGAUCACCUUCACCGACUUAGCCGGCCACGAACGCUAUCUACGAACUACAGUCUUUGGCCUGUUGUCUAGCAGCCCUAAUUAUUGUUUACUAAUGGUCGCCGCCAAUAAUGGGCUAAUUGGCAUGAGUAAAGAACAUCUUGGUAUCGCUUUGGCCUUAAAUGUCCCAAUCAUGGUGGUGGUUACCAAAAUUGACAUCUGUCCUCCAAAUAUUUUGGAACAGACCAUCCAGCAGAUUACCAAAAUCCUAAAAUCUCCAGCGGCACGAAAAAUGCCUAUAUUUAUUAACAAUCGCGAAGAGUGUAUCAACACCGCUACCCAGUUUGUGAGUCAACGAAUAUGUCCUAUAUUCCAGGUCUCCAACGUUACCGGCGAGAAUCUUAACCUUGUUCGCACAUUCUUGAAUAUCCUUCCGCAUCAUGGACGUUAUGACACGGACGCUCCUUUUGAAUUCCAUGUUAAUGAUACCUUCUCUGUCCCUUUCGUUGGUACGGUAGUUAGUGGUAUCGUCAAGUCAGGGGUAGUACAUACUGGCGAUAGCGUUUUAAUCGGACCGGACUCGCUGGGUCAGUUCACUCAAACUAGCAUUCGGUCUAUCGAGCGAAAAAGAAUCAGUGUACCCGCAGCGUCUGCAGGCCAAUCCGCUAGUUUCGCGUUGAAGAAAAUACGCCGAAAAGAUGUGAGGAAAGGAAUGGUAGUCUUACCAAAAGUCGAGGGGCAACCGCUUCCUAAAGUCUACCGUGAAUUUGUCGCCGAGGUCUUGAUUCUCUCGCAUGCGACCACCAUCAAGACCAAAUAUCAGGCAAUGCUUCAUGUCGGGCCAGUCUCCCAGACAUGCGCAAUAAUCGAUGUAGACCGCCCCUUCAUAAGAACCGGUGACCGGGCGACCGUAGCAUUCCGAUUUGUUCAGCGACCAGAAUACUUGGCCCCGGGCGACAGGCUUCUAUUUCGUGAAGGGCGAACUAAGGGUCUGGGCAUUGUCAAGUCGGUUGGGUAUGAUCCAAAGAAACCCCUGAUGGCUGAUCAGUCGGAUGGUGGUGCCGCGCAAAAGCCUGAUGAGAACCACGGCUCCACUGGAAGGGGUAUUCCAUCUUCUACGGGUGUGAGGGUUGGCGCCUAGUACCGUAAGACCUGUUGAGUCUUGCUGUGGAAUUACGCGCAGCCUGGGGUCGCAUUAUGGCGUAAGGGUUGGGGUUAUCUCCCGGGAUACUUUCGGGCUGAAGAUAAUUACGUCUCAUCCUGUUAUCAUUUUGAAUCAUGUUUGAAGGAAUGCAUCAUAGUUACUAGCGGAGUUGGGCGUUUCAUGCUCCGGGGGUUUGGAGCAGUGUAAUAUCUUAUCCUACAUACCCUCAGGCAUUUGUCUCUUUAUUUCUAGUAUGGAAUAUAUCCAAUCGUUUGCACAGGGGUUUACUACCCCUUCUCUA